AUGUCCAGUAAGGCUAAGAGGCAAUUAUGGGAGGAAAAAAACAUGGCAGAGGCUUUGCGAAAAGUUCGGGAAAAAAAGAUGGGAUGGCAAUUAGCGUCCAAAAUCUUCAAUGUCCCUGCUACCACACUGCGCAGAAGAUCUAAAAACAAUUGUAACAGUACCAAAGGAGAUUUGGGCGGUAAAAGACCAGUAUUUAGUUGGGAGAUGGAAGAUCAAUUUGCUCAACAUAUAAAGGAUAUACAAGCUAAAUUCUUCAGUUUAACAUUAAAAGAUUUAAAGAAAUUAAUUUUCGAAUUUGUAUCUAAAAAUAAUAUAAAAAACCCUUUUAACAAAGAAAAAGAAACAGCUGGUGAUGAAUGGAUUCAGGGAUUUUUAAAACGAAAUCCACAGAUAUCUCUCAGAAGGCCUGAAAACACCUCAGCUGCUCGGGCACAAGCCUUCAAUAAAAAUAAUAUCGCUUUAUAUUUUAAAUCUCUGAACGAGGUUAUGGAAAAAUAUAACUUUCCACCAGAAAAUAUUUACAACAUUGACGAAUCUGGUCUCAGUGUAGUACAAAAACGACCACAAAAAAUUCUAGCUACUAAAGGACGAAAGCAAGUUGGAGCGCUGUCUAGUGCUGAACGAGGACAGCAUUUAAUUGUGGUAUGCUGUAUGAAUGCCAUGGGCACGUUUGUGCCACCAGCUUUUAUAUUUCCAAGAAAAAGAAUGAAAAAUGAGCUGAUGGACAACGGUCCAAUGGACAGCAAAGCCUAUUGUCAACUAAACGGUUGGAGGUGUUCAGAGAUUUUUGUACAGUGGUUGGAACAUUUUGUACAUUACACUAAAGCUUCGAAUGAAAACAAGGUUUUAUUCUUAUUGGACGGUCAGAGCAGCCACAAAAGCCUAGAAGUGCUACAAUACGCGAAAGAUAAUGGUGUGAUACUAUUCUGUUUUCCCGCAUAUUGUACCCACCGGUUGCAGCCCCUGGAUGUAGGUUUUUUUUCACCUCUCCAAACUUAUUACGGCCAAGAAAUUCAGACUUGGCUUAAACAACAUCCUGGUAGAAUCGUCACACAUUUCCAAGUAGCUGGUCUUUUCAAUAAAGCGUAUUUGAAGGCUGCUACACCCGCAAAUACAGUACACGCGUUUGCCAAAACAGGAAUAUAUCCCGUUGAUGACAACAUUUUCCCUGAUUGGAUGUUCCAACCGUCUUCCACAACCGAUAGACCGUUAACCGAACAUGACCAAUGCCAAAAUGGUCAAAAACAACCACAACAAGGAGGCGUAGACGUUGAACUGCCUAAAUUAGGCUCUGGAACACCAGAAGCUACUGAAGUUGAACCUUCAACAUCAAGAUUUGCCAGUCCACGACAGAAAGGUUUCCGUCAACGAGGAAACGAAGAUAUUAUAGUAUUCAUGAACCAUCUCCAUUGCCGCAAGCUUCACUUGGAACUUCAAAGAAAAGAUUAA